UACAUCUCUCUCUCUCUCUCUCUCUUCUCUUUGAGGUGGGGGAGAGAGAGAAAGGAACAGAGUGUGUCAUCAAAAACUACGCCUUUAAACUGUUGAAGUCUUGUCCUUUCUAAAUCUGUUUCUGGGUGUUUUGCCCUUUCCUUCCAAAUUUCCAUCUUUGUAUAAAACUUUGUAUUCUUUGAGGGAGAAAACAGUGACUUUGUUAGGACCACAAUGUCUGUGAAGAGUAGGGGAGAGCUUGCUGCUAAGCAUGUUUUAUCAAGGAACUUGGCUCUCUUGCUUUGUUUUGCUAGCUUCUGUGCAGGGAUGUUCUUCACCAAUAGGAUGUGGAUGCUGCCUGAUGCCAAAGGCAUUCCGAGGACAUCUAUAAUCGGGGUUGAACAAUCUCUGAACUGUGAUCAAAAAAUUAAGUCCUUAAACAAUGAAGCCAAUAGCUCUGGAGGCAUUUCAGGGUCCCAACAUUCUAUUCAGACUCUGGAUAGAUCCAUUUCAGAUUUGGAGAUGAAAAUAGUGGCUGCUAGGGCAGAGCGUGAGACAAUUAUGAAAGACCCUAUGAUAUCAGAAGACUUGAAGAAUGUUAAAUCAACUUUAAAAAGAAAAUAUUUUAUGGUCAUAGGGAUCAAUACAGCUUUUAGUAGCCGUAAGCGGAGAGAUUCAGUGCGUGUGACUUGGAUGCCUCAAGCUGAGAAGCGAAAAAAAUUGGAGGAAGAGAAAGGCAUCAUUAUUCGCUUUGUUAUAGGUCACAGUUCAACAUCAGGUGGUAUUCUUGAUAAAGCCAUUGAAGCCGAGGAAAAGGUGCACGGAGACUUUUUGAGAUUGCAACACAUUGAGGGCUACCUGGAGUUGUCAGCCAAGACAAAAGCUUAUUUUGCCACUGCUGUUUCCUUGUGGGAUGCGGAAUUUUAUGUCAAAGUUGAUGAUGAUGUUCAUGUAAAUCUAGCAACACUUGGUUCAACUUUAGCUGGACAUAGUAAUAAACCUCGAGUUUAUAUCGGCUGCAUGAAGUCUGGUCCUGUUCUUGCUCGAAAGGGAGUGAAAUACCAUGAACCUGAGUACUGGAAAUUUGGUGAAGUGGGAAACAAAUAUUUUCGACAUGCUACAGGGCAACUGUAUGCUAUAUCAAAAGAUUUGGCCACUUACAUAUCAAUAAAUCAGAAUGUACUGCAUAAAUAUGCUAAUGAAGAUGUUUCAUUGGGAUCUUGGUUUAUCGGUUUAGAUGUGGAGCAUGUUGAUGAUAGGAGACUCUGCUGUGGUACUCCACCAGAUUGUGAAUGGAAAGCUCAAGCUGGUAACAUCUGUGUCGCUUCUUUUGACUGGAGGUGCAGCGGGAUUUGCAGGUCUGUAGAGAGGAUCAUGGAAGUUCAUGAACGUUGUGGUGAGGACAAGAAUGCUUUAUGGAGCACAAACUUUGUGCAAACAACGAGCAGUUCUUUCUAACUGAGGAAAGAUAUAUACAAAGGGAGCAGGCAUAGGGAUGCUUUUUGUUUCCCUUCAUUUUUUUCCCUUUCCCACACUCAUAUUGCACUCAUAUUUCAUGGGUGUAAAGAAUGUGUAAUAUAUAGUAGAAACAUACUAUAGUAAUCGAAGAGAGGCACCUUCCUGCCGGGGACCCCUCUACUUCAUCAGAGGAUGCCAACCCCCCAACUGCAGUAAGAAAGAACAUUGAAGACAAAACUGCCUCAACCACAUUCUUUGAAAAUGGUGGGAGGGCUGCAUUACAAGUUCUCUGCCAUGGUGAUAUGAGAUCCAUGAUAGUAGUAGUAAUUUUUGUUGGCAUCAUUUUGCUGCCUCACUCAAUAAAAUCAAUAUAUUACA